AUGCCUCGUAGUACUGCGGCAAGAGUCAUGCCUAAAUGCAUUUCCAAGCUCUUUUGUGUCUCAGACCUGACGGUGAAUACCGAUGGUAGACCGCGAUUCCACCCCAAGCAGCGUAGCGCAGUAGAUUUGGCCGCGGCCGGGAGGUCCCCUAUUCGAACAGAGACCAGAUCAGCUGUACCGUUGGAACAGACAGUCUCGCAUUUGACAGCUUAUAAAGCGGCCUCCGUGACAAAGAAACGUCGUAGGGGCCCAGAAAGAUCGGACAGCGCUGCGAAACAAGACUACAUAGCUGGACAGGUACUUCCGGUGGGUAGCAGUUCUUCAGGCUCACCUAGUUCAAGGGCGGUAGAGACAAUUGGCUUGUGGAUGGAAAAGCAGCGCAUGCUCUUUCGCGCCGAAGGGAUCAUGUUCAUAGCAGACGGUCUUGUCAAGCGCAUAAACCGAGAUAGGCUGUACGGCGACGCAUCCUCAGAGCAGCAGAUUGAGGGACUGAGAAAUGCAAAGCAUGUACGGCUUACCUCACAGUGUGCCACAUGCUCAACUCAUUAUGUCGCCCGCCUCCCCGCUUGGCCGGCAGAGCACCGCCUUCUGGCACUUACGAUUAAACGACGCUUUGAGCCCAUAUUUUCCUGCGGAAAGCUGAGAAAACGGGCGCACGACACGGGAUCCCACUCAUGUCACUGGUAA